GUCGCUUCGGGCCUUGUGCUAUGGGGGGGGGGGGGGCCUGGCCUCCCGGAGCUAUUGUUUUUCCACGCUCUUGCCCACGACGAAUAGGUCCAUCAGGGUUCCCGUCACGCCAGAUGCCCCCCCCGUGAUGAGACGAACAAACAGUCUUGACGUCCCUCUCGGCUUCUCCUGCUCUUUUCUGUCCCCCAGCUCUCUGUUGCACUGCCUCCUCAAUCUCGAUUGCCUUUGAAUCAUGGCUUCCAACAACCCUCAGCGCAUGAGGAUGGGCCUUACCAUCCCCAGGCUGUAUCGCGUCUUCUUCCUCGGCAUCGAGCCCAUCUCUGCCCUGGUGGGAGCCUACUAUGCUCAUGUCAGGCCCGACGACUACCUGCAUCUCACCCACGCCGCUUCGAAGCCAGACGUCAUUCCUCAGGGGACAUCCAUCGUCCUGUCUCAACUCGCGAACCUCUACCUCCUUUUCGCCCUCAACGAAGCUCUCGUUCUUCGCUCGACGUCAGACCUGCGCGUGUGGAAGACGGUCCUCUUCGUCCUUCUCGUGGCCGACAUUGGUCACCUCUAUACCGUGCGAAGCCUGGGCCCCGAGGUCUACUACAACUUUGCCAAGUGGACUGCCAUCGACUGGGGAAAUGUCCCCUUCGUCUACCUUGGUGCCUCGAUGCGGAUCGCGUUCCUCGCCGGUGUCGGGUUGACCCGCCGCCGAACACCGGUCCAGAAGCAGCGGUAGAGCGGCCAUGGCGGAUAUAACUCUUUCCAACGGGGUUGUGUGCCCGAACAUUGCACCAAGCCCGAGAGUGAAUUCCAGAAAACGCCGCUACCGAGGAACGAAAACUCAACCAGGAUAAAUUCUCGAAUUUGUGCCGGCUGCGAAUGACUACGGGACAAUGAGCCAGGUCGCACGGCCGA